UCUCCCCCCCUCGCCGCCACAAGAAGAAACCAUGUCAGGAAAUUUUGGUAGAGGGUUUGGAGCUCAGAGAUUCAACAGAGGAGGAGGAAAUGGAAACUUAGGAGGAAGAUUCAACAAUGCUGAGAAAGGAGAGAGAUGGAAUGGAGGGAGGCAUGCCUUCCCAGGGAGAUCUGGGGCUUUUGGAAGAGGGGGGAACCGCUUUGGUCCUGUGAAGGAUAUGGGAAGGGAUUCAGAGGAGGAAGACCCUAGAUCUGAGAGGAACGAAGAGAAUUUGGUGUGGCAAGCUAAGGCAGGGAAAAAAGAUGAAGGGGGGGGGGAGACCCCAGGGAUGGCCAGUGGUGAUGCAGAAGGUGCUGUGAUGGAAAAAGAGAGAAGCAACAAUCAGGUAUCUCAGUCAGAUCAGCAGCAGCAACAACUACUGUUAACUUCGCUGCUCUCUCAGUUGGUUCAGGGGAUGCAAAACAGUGAGAAGACCCAGAUGGAAGGGAUGGUUGGAAAUCGAAUUAGUAAUAUACUUGGGAAAGAAAGUCACAGGAAAGAGGGAGGAGACACUGAUGGGCAACAAAGAGGUAACAAGAUGGUUGAACAGGGGGUUGGAUUGGAAAUGAAGAAGCAAGGAGGUAAAAGUGGUUGGCAGCAAGGGUAUGAGGAGAACAAGAGAAAUUUUGACAGGUUUAACAAGCAGGUGUGUGGUAAGUGUAAAGACCCCAGGCACACCACCAAGGAUUGCAGGGUGGGGCAUUGCUUGAUCUGUGGCAGAGAGAAUCAUAUUACAGGAGAGUGCAACUUGCUGAAACAGGUUAAACCAGUCCUAAAAUAUGUAGGGUAUGCAGCUAAAGGGCUGGGGAUUCUUCUGGUUCAGAACUAUAAAGAUGUACUGAUAGCAGAGCAUACCAAUCCUUUGGGGGUGGUGAUCAUAAGAGAAGGAAGCAUUAAUGAGACUGAACUUGUGAAGGCUAUGGAGGAAAUGUUUGAUUGGGGCUGGCAAUGGAGAGUGAGGUAUUUUGGAAAGAAUGGAUACAUGAUGAGAUUUCCCAAUAAAGCAAAGUUGGUGGAGUUGGCCAAGUUUAAUGACUUCAAACUGCUGGGGACAGGGGUGGUGAUCAAGGUUCAACCCUGGUCCCUUGAUCAUCAAGCUGUUGGGAAGAUGCACACCAUUUGGGUCAGGCUGGCCAAGGUUCCAGAUUGUUUUAGACAUUUUUUGGGUGUUUGUGAGGUGGCUGCUGCAGUUGGACCUGUCCUGGAAAUUGAUAUGGAUACUAUAAAUGAGGAGAAAAUUAGAGCAAAGUGUGGGAUCAGAGAUGUGGAGAAAAUACCAACUCAAGUGGAAAUCACUUCCCCUAAUCUUCUUAUGUUUAGAAUUGGGGUGGAAACUGAGAAGGUGGUGGAGAUUGGCUGGUAUAAGGAAGAGAAGAGGAAAAAUGAUAGCAGCAAUUUCUCAGAAGGGGGAGAGGAUGAGAUUGACAAUAGGAAGAGGACUAGAAUGGAGGAGAAUGAACAUAGAGGGGUUUCUCUGGGAUGCUUAUCCCUGAAACAAAGUGAGGAGGUGGAUAAAAGAAUUGAAGGAAUGAAAACUCAAAUGGAUUUAACCAUGUUGCAGUGGCAAAAGGAGAUGGCUUUGGAGAGAGGAAAAUGGCAAAAAAAAGUGAAAUCAUGUUCAGCAAGAUCAAAACCUUGGAGGAAGACAGGAUUAGAAACAAUGCACUAUGGGCUAAAUAUGAAAACAGAAUCAGAGAACUAGAAAAAGUUCAGGCAGAGUUGCAGGAGAUUAGUAAAAAACAACUUGAAGAAAUUCAGAAACUGGCACAAGAGGCUGCCAAUAGAGAGGAGUAUGAAAUGGAGUUAGCUAAUAUGGACCUUGAAGAUUAUGAGAAAGAGACUCAACAGAAAAAGGAAGAUACUGAGUCUGGGAAAUAUAAUGAGCCCACUGAUUAUAAUGCUAGCCAAGAAUCUAUUGGGACUCUGGGGGAGAAAAUGGCUGAAAUACAUGGAAGUGAGAUCCUGGAUAAAGAAGGGGAGGAGAAAGAUGUUGAAAUCAAGAGAAGCCUGAGAAACAAAGGAAGAGAAGACAAGAAGAUUGAGGAUAUGGCUAAAAGCGGAGCUGAGGAGAGGGACAAUUAUGAUAAAGGAGUCGCCAAGAAAAACGUUGGAGCUGGGAGCAAGGGUGCUAGAACAGGCAGCAAAUGAAGUGUUCACAGCCAAGCAAGGGUGGAGGAUCAAUGUUGCUAGAUUGAAAUGAAGAAAAUCUCUCCUGCGGGGGUGAACCUGAUGUUUGGUGCUCCUGUAGAUGAUCCUUGGCUCCUUUUUUUGCUACUUUUGCUUCUGCGUUGAUGUAAUGGCUCUCAGGGUAGUUUGAACUCGGUCUGGCGGUUAGCUAUUUGAGCCUGUGGAGUCCGGUUGGUUUCUUUCGUUUACUUUUGAACUCUUUUGUAGAACUGUGUGGUUUUCAGUAAUGAAAAUCGGAAGGGGCAAACCCUUCUUUGAUAA